GAAGCCCAAGAGGAGCGAGAUGGGCGUGAAGCUGGAGGUGUUUCGGAUGACCAUCUACCUCACCUUCCCUGUGGCUAUGUUCUGGAUUGCGAAUCAGGCCGAGUGGUUUGAGGACUAUGUCAUACAGCGCAAGAGGGAGCUGUGGCCCCCCGAGAAGGAGGACCAGCGCCAAGAGCUAGAAGAAUUCAAGGAGAGGAUACGGAAGCAGCGGGAGGAAAGGCUUCUCCGUGCAGCCCAGCAGAGCUCCUGAGGCCUUGCAAGUGCCUGAGUCCCAGCCCCUCCACCCAUGAAAUAACACACACGUAAUUCUUUG